AUGCCUCAAACGCUUCCGAAACGUUUUAACUGAUUGCCUUAUUUCUUACUUCUUAUAAAACGCAAUCUUUGACAAAAGAACGCUUUGUAGACAGACGCAAGUAAUAGACGAGUAUUGAAAACGUUUAUGUUAUUCUAAUUAUUUUAUCAGUGUUGACGAAUUUUAUCAAAAUAUUAAUUAUAAAAAAAUAUAAAAUAAUAAUAAAUAAAAUCAAGUGCAAUGGGUAAUGCUGACAAUCCGUUUGCUGCUUUGCUUGCUGACUCUAAGGCUAAUAUAAAUAAGGAACUUAUCGAGGAUAUAUUUUUGUUUACAUUGCGUCCGCAAACACGAGAACGUUCGAAGGAGAGAGCUUUAUUAUGUUUGGCCGAUGUAAUUGUCAAUGAUAGUAGUCCAGAGACGGGAAUGGGUGAGGAGCUGUUGUCUCACGCCGUAUUCGAGCGCAUUAUGUUAGGGAAUACAAGGGAGUAUCUAAUACCUGGGCUAAACGAGGAGGACGCCAUACAAACGGAUACUAUUGUCUAUUUGCAUCGAGCUUACAUUGCAUGUGAAGAAUUUAAACAACAGCGCAGUAAUCUUGCGGCAGAUUGCGAUGCAAUUCGCACGCUUAUAAUUACAAACGUUAGCACAUGUAUGCGACAACCAGAUUUAUUUCCUGGUCGUACAGUGUGCGAACAGUGGCGCGAUAUAAUUAAUAUCUCUGAAGAAUAUUGCACCCGGGAAACAAUGGAUUUUCUUGUAGAAUGUAUUGCAAAAAUUUACAUUGAUGAAGAGACUCUAGAAGCUCUGGGAGCAUUAAAGGCAAACUUUUAUCCAUUGUUGGGGAAGGUGCAAACGGAAAUAAGCCAAGCAAAUCUUGUAACUUUAAAGAAAAAAAUUUUUUGGCUUCUCAAUUUCUUUGUGAAAGAGAAACGUACCCCACAGAUGGGUGAAAUACUAAUUGACUUUACCACACCCAAUCCCAAUGCAAAUGGUGCAGCUUAUAUGGAUACCUUAAUCGGGCAAUUAUUUUCCAUAUCGAUUUUGCCGAAGAAUCAGAACGGUCCUUAUGAAUUCUUUGGCGAUUUCACCUUAGAUUCGAGACACACUGAUCCAGCUUUAUGGGAAUGCAUGGCAAAUCAUCAAAACUCUUUGUUUAUGCUUAUCAAGCAAUUAUUAAUGCAAGAUGCCAACAAUAAACAAAAAAUGUUGGAAUGGUUCGCAAAAUGUUUGCAUGCAAACGUUUCUCGUGGCCAUUUGUGGAAUAAUCUAAAUACAGGUUUGGAUAAUUUGUUAAAGCAAAACGCAAGCGACGCCUUUGUGAUCGGUCUUACAUCUGUGCUGUUGAGGCUAUGUACUCCUCUUUGUGAACCCGUGCUUAAGGUUCUCCUGGUGGACCCAACAUAUUGCGGUGUUAUUGAAGAUGAGCGUCAAAAAAAAUCGGUUAGCAUGUUAAAAGCUUACGAGGAAACGUGCCUUCUGCCGGUUGAAGAGAAUGAGAAGCGUUUAACAGCCGACAAGUUCAAUUUUGUUACAGAACUCUUCUUUCUGACUCAUAAAGCUUACGAACUAAGCUACAAAGCUAGUAUUGAACGAUUCAUUCAAAUGACACGCGAAUUGCACAACAUGCAGUCAGCGUAUCAAGAUGUGAUUAAUACUGAUCCUAAUAACGAUUUUGCGAAAAAUCUGCUGCGAAUGCUUAAAGAGCAAAUGCAACCAUAUUUAUGCUUAUGCAAUUGUCUAAUGGAGCCUGAGAACGAUACUGCUAUACUUAAAUUCUUCGAAGCUUCAGCUAUAUGGCUAACAGAAAUUUCUUUGAUCUCAGCGGAGAAUUAUGCUGGUUGUGUGAAUAGAAGCGAUUUUGCUCCGCAUACGCGUAACAAUUUUGAAUUGCCGGAGGAAAUUGAAUUUACGCCACGUACCUUAUGUUCUGUACCCGAAAGCAUAAUUGACAAUAUUGUAACAUAUUUAAAUUUUAGUCGACAUUUUCCAUCGGGACAGUAUAUACAAAUGUACCCGUCGUCGCAUGAAGCAUUUUUUAAAAUGAUAAUACUUUUUAUGGGCAGUUCAAAGUUGGUCAAAAAUCCUCAUUUACGUGCUAAGCUAGCGGAGGCUUUAGAGUUUUUCUUACCAAAGCGUGCAACGGGAGCACCGUUUCAGACCCACAUAUUCGACUCGCAUCCGGAACGUUUAAAAGUAAUUCCUAGUUUACUUAACGUUUUUGUUUCAAUCGAAAUGACUGGACAAUCAGUGCAAUUUGAACAAAAAUUUAAAUAUCGUCGACCGAUGUAUGCCAUCAUGGAGUUUCUUUGGACAAAAGAGGAAUACGUUCAAUGUUUUCGCAAUUUGGCCGUCGAAGCCGAAUCCAAUAUGGAAGCCAUUGAACCGCCAAUAUUCUUGCGUUUUAUCAAUCUGUUGAUAAACGAUGCCAUCUUUCUUUUGGAUGAAUCACUUGAAAAUUUACAACAGAUACGGCAAUUGCAAGAGGCUCAAGCGAACGGUGAAUGGGAUAAUUUAACUGAAAGCGAACGUCAACAGCAUCAUUCCAAUCUGCAUCAAUUGGGCAAUUACGCCCGUUUCGAUAACAUUUUGGGUCGCGACACCAUAAAUCUUCUAAAAUUGCUUACUACCGAAAUUAAAAGCAUCUUCUGUCAUAAAAGUAUGGUCGAUCGUAUAACUUCGAUGCUUAAUUAUUUUCUUUUAAAUUUAGUUGGCCCUCAAAAAGAAAAAUUCAAAGUGAAAGACAAAAAGGAAUUCGAAUUUGAUCCGGCAAACACAGUAUUAGAGAUUUGUCAUAUUUAUAUCAAUUUAAGUAGUAGCGAUAGUUUCUGCUUAGCUGUUUCGCAGGAUGGACGAUCAUACAGUUCCCAAUUGUUUAGCUAUACCGAAAACAUUCUUAUACGAAUUGGCGGUGGUCAGUUAAUUGGGGAAAUGGCCGAAUUUGCGGGAAAAGUACAAAAGAUGGAAAACCAAUAUAAACAAGAGCAGGAAUGUUUAGCUGAAGCGCCAGAGGAAUAUUUAGAUCCUAUUAUGUCGACUGUAAUGACAGAUCCAGUCAUCUUGCCUAGCUCAAAAGUAACUGUCGAUCGAUCUACUAUAGCCCGUCACUUGUUAAGCGAUCAAACGGAUCCAUUUAAUCGAGCCCCUCUGACCAUGGAUAAGGUCAUACCCAACGAAACUCUUAAAAAUGAAAUACAAACAUGGCUAGCCGAGAAACGUGCUGCUUGCAGUAACGAAAAUUUAAUAAAAAGUUGAAUAGCUUCCUUGUAAUAUGCUUUUUAUUACGCUACCCAGACCCAAAGACAUUAAUAUAUAAUUAUAGUUGGAUGAAAAACUUUUUCUAUUUUGGUGUAAACUUACUUAUAAUUACGUGAUAAUAUAUGGGUUUUCGAUGUUAUUUCUAUUCCGCAUAUUCAAAAUUGUUUUGAUUUUAAUUUAUCAAGUAAAACGUAAACGAGUAAUGACUGUCGAUUUCAUAUGCAAAUAAAAUCGUUUUUUUUUUUCCUCCUCUUCGAUCUUAUCAUAUUUUAAAUAGAAAUGAUUAAAAUUUAUCAUUUCUUAUACACUAUAAAUAUUACUGAUGAAUUUAUAUCCAAAAAAAAGCAACAACUAAUAAUUUUCGUGAUGAACAAAUCUGAUAUAUGAAUUCAAUGGUUCAUAAUCUGCCAUGAAUUGUUUCAGGUCAUUUUUAUAGCUACCACUGU